AUGUCGUACAUGUACGAUAAUCGCACAUAUAUAGGACACUGGUGAGUUAAUAGUGACAUAAAAAAAACAUCAUAAGACAAAUAUACUAUAAAAAAUGACGUACGUUGCUUUGUGCAACUACGUUGCACAGAAGCGCCAAUCUACCUCAAUGAAACCACGCCCAAUGUCCACAAAUCCACUGCGACAAAAUUGUUUCUGCAAUGCGCAUUACAAUAUUUGUUGCUAUGCUUCACGGGAAUGCCCUCUUUAUUCCAUCAGCAUAGUGCUGGCUUCUUUCCGAGCUUGUGCGCCCCUAUGACAGCGUGAUCGACAACUACGUCAAACCGUUUAUACAGGUUCAUAUCGUUAUGAAAUAGCUUCAUAUUCAACUGAAAUUCCAUUGCACUUUCUGGUUUCUGUAGUAAUCGAGUAAAGAAAGACCUCCACGACGUCAUCGCAAUAAAAGUCAAACCGUCUACUUACUCAUACAUGUAUGUCCAAGUUAAAUGAAUUGGUUUAACUUUCCUUUUUUAACAGGGCGAUGUCAUUUAAGAACUUAAAGCUAGGAAACUAUUGAAGGUAGCCUAAAAUGGUGAAGUUUUGAGAGUAAAAAAUCGCUCUUCGCCAGGUACCUUACUCACCUGUUGACUUGGAGCCGCAGCCGAAACAUUUCAGACCCGCAAAAACAACUGAACUUAUAGUUCAGCUCCACAUAUUCUCAUUUGCCGACGCGCACGACCGCUGACUACAUGCACCCGACUUCAUUUAUUUCCGGAGUAAAUACAUAUCCUAGACUGUUUGACGGGCAUGUAUGACUGGAGCCUACCUGUAUGAGGAUAAAGAAUAUAUUCAUUUAUUCACUUUGGUGAAGUUAACUGAAAGGUGAAAUUGACGAGAUUAAUACUAUUUUACGAUGCAUGUGUGAUUAGAGCAUAUCUAUUUGACGACAUUAUUUUUUUUUGCAAUCUCUAUAGCAUUGUAGGUCUAUGAAGUUUAACUGACAGAAUUCAAGUUGCUGGUUUUGUUCGCACCGACGUGUAAAAUUUGCACCCUGAUUGUUUAUUGAAUUCAUUGUUGAUGGUAUGACCUCAUUAUAACAUAUUCUCAUAUUUAGCAAAUGAUGCAUGUUUCUAUAAUUUGCUGUCCAUGAAAAAAUGAUUUCAGAUAAAAUCUAAAAUGGCUGAAAGCAAGCUGAAUCUGGAAGAGGAUCUCUUAUGUUCAAUUUGCAUGGAAAUGUUCCGGAAACCUGUAGUGCUACCAUGUGAACACAGUUUCUGCAGGGAAUGCAUUGGUUUGUUUGCCGAAAAAUCCAAAUCUGAAGAAACAGAUGAUGUUUCCAAGAGCGAGGGAAAGGAAAACGUUUGUCAAGUGAUAUCUUGCCCUAUGUGUCGGGCACUAACCACUUUGGGGAGGGACGGCGUAGACGGGUUGCCUGCGAACUUCCAGCUGGAAGAAAUUGUGAAUUGUAAAUUCACAUCUGGCGUAAGAGUUGAGGAUAAAAUCCCGUUUUGUGCUGUCUGUGAAAAUGCCGAAAAGGUGACAGUCGUCAGGUUUUGCACCACGUGUUGUGUGCUAUACUGUGAAGAUUGUUUGGCAGCUUUUCAUCCUGUGAAAGGGGCGCUUAAACGUCACCGCGUGAUUUCUUCGCAAGAGUACCUGUCAGAGAAAACAUCAGAGUUUGAGGUAAAGACAGAUAAAGAUUCUAACUCUCAAGCGUCAUGUGCCCUACACGGUCUGCCAUUCUGUUUGUACUGUGUGCCGUGUGAGGUUGUUAUUUGUCUGGAUUGUAUGGAGGAGCAUGCGGAACAUGGUACAAGAAAUAUCCGGUCUGCAGCGGAGAAAAAUAAGCCAACUUCUGUGGAAAAGGCAAGUGAACUGGAGAAAGGUUUGAAGCAAACUAAUGAAUCGCUAUCGGGAUUUCUAAGUCUGCAAAAUAAGAUACAGGAUAACAAAGAUCUUCACACUCAAGAUGUGCAAAGGGCAUAUUCUGUAGCUUUAAAGGAUUUAAACACCUGGAGGCUAAACGCCUUGGAAAGUAUACAAACACUCUAUUCAAAGUGGAGUGUUGAAUGUAGUGCUGGUGUAAAACAUGUCCAAAUGCAGGCAGAAGAAAUGGAAAGAAUGCAAAACGUAUCCAAGGUUUUAUUAUCCUCUGUAGACGUGGAGUUUUUACAGGGUUCAGUGCAGUUAAAUAAAAGAAUAGAGGACCAGUUAACAGAGAACAGGGCAUCAUUGGAAAAACAUGAGGGAAUUAGGCAUAAGCUGUUAGAAUCUGUAGAACGUAACGCCGUUGUUCCCAGAAAAGUGACCGUGACAUCUGACGACCAUCCUAGAGUAGAAGCGACAGUCAGUAGACAAAUGGUACCUCAACCUGUCACAAGAGGACAGUGCGGUUUGAGUGGAGAGAAGUUCAAGGACGAUGCGGUACUGCAAGCUCAAGUUGAUUCUGACGCGUUUCAUGUUGGCCAGGAACUGGAGACUGUCAGCAACAGUAGAAUAAGACAGGAGCUGAGGACAUCAGAAACCAGAAGAAACAGUAGACUAACGCUGCUGAGGGCACCGGAAGCCAGUCGACUAAGUCAUGGGCUGAGGACUGCGGGCAACACUGGACUGCGACAGGAGCUGGGGUGUGCUGUAACCAGUGGAACUGGACAUCAAAUGGGGACUGCCGGAACCAGCGGACUAACGCAGGAGCUAGAGACUGACACAAGUGGACUGCGACAGGAGAUGAGAAAUGUCGCGACCUGUGGACUAAAGUAUGAGCUGUGGACCAGCCGAACAAGUGAAGUAAGCCAUAGUCAUCCCUCGAAAACAGAACAGCCAUCUUCUGAAGGAAUGUACCAACAAGAAAACAAGGCUUACCUUGACAAUGAUAAGUACAAAGUCCAUGAUGAUCCAUACAAACAUGUAGAAAGGCUUGGAAUUCACGGGAAUGGGGGUGAACACUUAGCGCAAGAAAAGGGACAGGAAGAACCCAUGGAAAUCGACGAAGUUUUGAAAACGAGGGAAAGUCAUCAUGAUGCGGAUGUUAAAAAUCCAUGGAAUUCCCAAAGAGAAGGAAUGUCUGGAACAUCAUCUGACUCAGAACGGGGCACCGUUCACAAAGACAUGAACUCAAGUGCGAAGGAAGAAAAACAAACACGUUCGUACGCUAAUGCCGCAGCCAGUGGUGUAAUGUCUACCCGUCACACAACCUCACAGCCACGGAGAGAUAGAAGGAAAAAUAGGAUUUUCAAUAACCUGGAAACUUCAAAUAAUAACAAGAAGGUUGUGGUUACUAAGGAAGGCUUGACUCUGAUGCUUUAUUCAGGUGACAUCACCAGGUUAUCCGAUGUGGACUGUAUUCUCAAUUCCACUGACCCUGAACUCCAGCAUAGCGGCGGCGCUGCCGCAGCUAUUAAGAAAGCUGCAGGACCUGGAUUUCUUAAGUUAUGUGAAGGUCAAAACCUUGGAGUAGCCCAGUGCAUAUCUACUGGAGCUGGAAAUCUGCCUUACAAGAGAGUUCUCCAUGUAUUCCUCGAGCGAUGGGAAUCUUGGAAUGAAAAACGCUUCAUUAUUCAACUGAAGAGUACCAUCUGGGAAGUUCUGAAUCAAGCGAAUAAAGAUAAGAUGAGAUCCCUUGCAUUAUCGGGCAUUGGAACAGGUGCACUAAAGUUUCCUAUAGAUAAGUGGGUGAAAUGUGUAGUGGAUGUCAUCAAAGAGUACGCAAAGAGAUUUAUGAAGGACAAAGCCUUGAAGGAGAUACAUUUUGUGGACAAAAAUCCAGAAUUCCUGCGACGCCUUGAGGAAGGACUGCUGAAAGUUUUUCCUCAAACAUGGAGCCAACCUACUUCACAGGAGACCACAAGUAGUAAACAGUCGUCGGCGUCAAGUGAAUCACACCAACUAACGACAUUUCAGAUUUCUGGUCCCUGCCAAAUAGUCGUUCAGAAAACCGAUAUUACUACAUUCCAGGGAGAUGCUAUUGUAAUCACGGUGGACAAGAACAUUUCCAGGCCACUUUCUGAUGCUGUAUCUCGUGCUGCUGGACAGGAGUACACGGCAGAGAAAGACAAGAAGCUUAGAGAUAAAGCUGGAGACGUAUUUGUGACCGACGCGGGACAGUUACCUUGUAAAUAUGUGGUCCAUGCAUUGCUUAGCGGAUCAUCCACGAGAAAGGACGACAUUGGUGCACUUGUCACCUGCGUACUGUCUGAAGCCGAGGCAGUGAAGAUUCAGACGAUUGCUUUCCCGGCCAUUUCAACAGGAUUUGUGGGAAUGUCUGUAAACGCUGGAUGCCAGCUGUUGGUGGAUAAUAUCUCUUCCUACAUGAAGAACAACCCGAGCACCUUUCUGAAAAAGAUUUACUUGGUAGAUAUAGAUGAAAAGAAAGUGGAUCAGUUUCGCGUUUUGCUUACGCAGCAGAUAUCAACCCUUAAGAAAGAACAACACGAAUUAACCCCCAACUACGGGUAUUUGCAAAAAUCGCCCGACUUGCCCAAGUUAGAGAGCAAAAAUAAGGAUGACUCUUCUACGCUCAGCACACACAGGCCUGUGGAGAAUCGACUGCCUGCAAGGUUUGCCAUUUCAGAUUCCUGUACAGUUGAAGUUGAAAAAGCUGACUUUCGUACAUUUGAAGGAGAUGCACUCGUAGUUACGGUGCGCGAAGAUUUCACAACAGCUAGUGGUCAGGACUUGGCUUUCACGAUGACAGCAGGCGAAAAGUAUUAUGAAGAGCUGAAGCAGAAAGAAUCAGCCAAACCAGGAAAUCUUGUGGUCACAGGAGCUGGCAACAUGGGAUAUGGCCAUGUGAUACACGGUGUCUGGGACACAAAACACUCGUCAGGUGUUGAAGAGCUGAGGACACUUGUGUCACGUAUCUUAAAUAAGGCUGAUGAAUUAGAUAUGAAAACACUUGUUGUUCCACCUCUCUGGGCUGGUCUACUUAACAUUACAACCCAUGACGGAUGCUCCGCUGUGGUAGAGGGAAUUUUUCGUUUUGUGACAAUGUUACCUGAUAUAUCAGUGAAGAUUUACUUGCUGGACACAGACAUGAAUACGCUGGACUGUUACUGUAAGGAGCUGAGAAAACGAGUACCUAAUUUAGAGUCUGUCGAUCCCAUUCAAGCAUCUGGCGGAGGUGAUGUAUCCAUGUCCGGGAUGUCCAGAGCUGACGACCAUCUGCCAGCUGCCUGGUCAGGUGCGCUUUGUGUUGUCUGUAAAGACGAGCGUGUAUCUGCCAAAGUGAGAAGGUGUGGCCAUGCAUUGUGUGGCAUAUGCGUGAUUCCUGGACUUGAUGUUCAGUUCUGCUGUAAGGAAUCUAGCAAUCCGAGUUCGCACACCAUUCCUGGCAUUGAGGCCGAGAAGGAUAAGGAAGAUUGUGUCAUUUGUUUGUGCCCCAAAACAGACCCCAAGAGCUUGCAAUGCGGCCACAAAUUUUGCAAAGAUUGCAUCGAAGAGUAUUUCAGGAAGUGUGCAAUGCUUUGUCCUGUGUGUAAAGCAGUUUGUGGGAAAGUAACCGGUAACCAACCUUACGGAACCAUGGAGGUGGAGGAGACGCAUAAAUCCUGCGCUGGAUAUCAAGGUUACAAGUCUCUAAUCAUUCACUAUAAUUUCCCAAACGGAAUUCAACAGGUUUUAGGGACAGCUUUGUUCAAGUUUUUCUUCGUGUGGAAGUGUACUCUAUGGCCCGUCAUACAAUGGAAGGUCACCCUCAUCCAGGCCGACGGUUUCAUGGAGCUCGCCGAACUGCGUACCUACCGAAGACAAACGAAGGCCGGCGAAUUCUAA